AUGACAGACCCAAACGGCAUCAGCCAGGCGAACGGCGUGGACAAAUCUUUAACGGAAACAGCCCUACAUGGCGCCGAACAGCUGUCAAAAGAAACGACUGACAUACUCGAACCGCCGACUCUGCCGCCUUUGUCAACAGUGACUCGCAAUCUACACAGCCAAAUAACCGCAUUCCUUGCCGAGGAUCAUGACCCUUCUUCCUUACUCUACCGUGUCCAGCAACAAACCCGUAUCUCUCUAGACGUCAUCCGAGAAUCCCUAACACGAUACCCCAUCCACGAACUCUCCAUCUCCUAUAACGGCGGCAAGGACUGUCUUGUUCUCCUCCUUCUCUUCCUCGCAAGCCUACAUCGGCACUGUGCUUCGACCAGUCCAUCGUGCUCCUCCUCCAUCGCCAGCAACCAAUCUCAUAGCAGCAACAGCCCUCCUUCUCACCCAACAUAUAUACCGGCAAUAUACGCACAGCCUAGGCACCCAUUUCCUUCGGUCGAACAAUUUGUCACACAAUCGUCCCAGGCUUACCACCUCAAGUUAACCCGUCAUUCAACUGAUCCUCCACAUUCAACCAUCCGCUCGACGUUUGCGGAGUACCUGUCUUCCAAUCCACAGGUACGAGCUAUAUUUGUCGGAACACGCCGCACCGAUCCCCAUGGCAGCAAACUAACGCAUUUCGAUCGUACGGAUCACGGAUGGCCGGAUUUCAUGCGCAUUCAUCCUAUAAUUGAUUGGCAUUAUGUGGAGAUUUGGGCGUUCAUCAAACAUUUGGGAAUAGACUAUUGCCCGCUUUAUGACCAGGGAUAUACCAGCUUAGGAGGAACCAAUGAUACCCAUCCAAACCCGAAAUUGAAGGUAGAGGGGACAGUUGAGAAUGGUGGAUUGAAUAAUCAUGUUGUUACUUAUAAACCUGCCUACGAGUUAAUAGAGGAUGAAGAGGAGCGUCUGGGGAGGGACUAA